UUCAAGAUGUCGUCGCUGGAGCAGAGACUCUCCCGAAUCGAGGAGAAACUCAAACAGGAAAAUAAAGAAGCCCGCAAACGGAUCGACCUGAACAUCGACAUGAGCCCGCAGCGGACGCGCCCGAGGCCAAUCAUCGUGAUCCAGCUCAGUCCAGCUCCAGCCCCUUCCCAGCGCGCAGCUCUACAGUUACCUUUAGCCAACGAUGGAGGCAGUCGCUCAUCCUCAUCAGAAAGCUCCCCUCAACACCCUUCGUACCCUAGCAGACCCCGACAAAUGCUCACGCUUCCUACAACACCGUACAACCUACAGAAGAACCUGGAGAAUGCUGAAAUUGAUCAGAAGCUGCAGGAAAUCAUGAAACAAACCGGAUAUUUGAAGAUUGACGGACAGCGUUACCCCGCAGAGGUGACGGAUCUGAUCAGUGAGGGGGAGAUUGGCAGUGGAACCUGUGGACAGGUGUUUAAAGUUCGCUUUAAGAAGACUGGCCAUGUCAUCGCAGUCAAGCAAAUGAGAAGAACGGGUAACAAAGAUGAGAAUAAGAGAAUCCUCAUGGAUCUGGAUGUUGUAUUGAAGAGUCAUGACUGUCCGUACAUCAUUCAGUGCUAUGGGGCAAUAGUCACCAAUACGGAUGUGUUCAUUGCCAUGGAACUAAUGGGAACGUGUGCAGAGAAGCUGAAAAAGAGGAUCCAAGGGCCCAUACCAGAGGCCAUUCUGGGAAAGAUGACCGUGGCUAUUGUGAAUGCUCUGCUUUAUCUAAAAGAGAAACAUGGUGUGAUACACCGAGACGUAAAGCCAUCUAAUAUCCUGUUGGAUGCCAAAGGGCAGAUCAAACUGUGUGAUUUUGGCAUUAGCGGUCGACUGGUAGAUUCUAAGGCCAAGACUCGAAGCGCCGGCUGUGCUGCGUACAUGGCGCCUGAGAGAAUAGACCCUCCAGACCCCAGUAAGCCAGAUUAUGACAUCAGAGCCGACGUCUGGAGUCUUGGCAUUUCUCUGGUGGAGCUAGCCACAGGACAGUUUCCUUACAAGAACUGCAAGACAGACUUUGAGGUUCUCACCAAAGUUCUGCAAGAGGACCCGCCGGUCCUUCCUCUCAGCAUGGGCUUUUCCCCUGACUUUCAGUCCUUCGUCAAAGACUGCCUCACAAAGGAUCACAGAAAAAGGCCAAAAUACCACAAGCUGCUUGAACACAGUUUCAUCCGUCGUUACGAGGUGUCAGAAGUGGACGUUGCGGGCUGGUUUCAGGCGGUGAUGGAGCGUACAGAGUCUCCUCGCAGCAGCCAGUGCUUCAGCCAUCACCAGCUCCACUCUCUCUUCAGCAGGUAGCCAGACGGAGAACCAGAGAGAUGAACGACAGGUUGAUUUAGAGAGACAGAUGGACAGGUUUGAAAUGUAAAUUAUUGUUAAAGACAGGAUGGAGUGGAAAUGGACUGAUUUUGAGGUGGCUGAAACAGAGAGAAUGUUCAUUUGGGAGUUUGACCGAUCGACAGACAAUCCGGGGCAGGUUUGAUGUAAAUCUUAAAUCGUUUUUUUUUUUUUUUGUCCUUCUCAUCCCACCCAUCGAACAGGAUGGACCAUUACAGGUUGCAGUCUAGAACGCAUUCACUGUGACACACACACACACGUGCACAUUUACAGCAACACUGUUUCACUAAAACUUCCACCAGUCCGUUUAAUUCACUUGGAAAUCCCAAACCACAUGUCUUGAAGUCCUCCGUAGCCCCUUACUCAGGGACUGAACAGAGUAGUCGAACAACACUGUGCAAUGUUGUGUGUGUGUGCGUGAGUGAGUGUGUGUUAUCCGUUCAUCAGCUCUUCACUUUCCUGUACAGUUUAAGUGUUCAAAGUCAUUAAGUACAUUCAGGCAGUUCAGAGCUAGCAGGAUAAUAGCUGAGAUGUGUAUCCUAUGUUUUAUAGAAGUGUUCUUUGCUAUGAUAGUAAGCGUUAGCAGAUAUUUUAGUUAUUGUAACAUGUACUAAGAAAGUUAGUGAUUCUUAAUGGUAGAUCUUCUGAUCCUUGAUGUUUAGAUUUCUAAUAGUAGUUUUGGUCUGGAAUUUCAUCCAUCAUAGAUGUAUUGGCUAAAAGAGAAUGUUGUAAAUUAGGAUAAAAUUAGUGGUAGACCGAUACAAAAAAAUUGUGUUUUUAAAAAUUGUUUUUUUAUGACCUGAUUUAAUAUAUAGAGACAUGUACACUACCUGACAAAAGUCUUGUCGUUGAUCCCAGUUGUAAGAGCAACAAAUAAUAACCUGACUUCUAGUUGAUCAUUUUGAAAAGUGGAAGAAGGUAGAUUUUUCCGAAAAAUGACCUAUUGAAACCCGCAUGGACCCAAGAAUCUCACAGAAAUCAGUCAAGUUUGGUAUAGGAAAAAUCAUGGUUUGGGGUUACAUUCAGUAUGGGGGCAUGCGAGAGAUCUGCAGGGUGGAUGGCAACAUCAACAGCCUGAGGUAUCAUGACAUUUGUGCUGCCCAUUACAUUAUAAACCACAGGAGAGGGCAAAUUCCUCAGCAGGAUAGCGCUCCUCCUCAUACUUCAGCCUUCACAUCAAAGUUCCUAAAAGCAAAGAAAGUCAAGGUGCUCCAGGAUUGGCCAGCCCAGUCACCAGACAACAACAUUAUUGAGCAUGUAUCGGGUAAGAUGGAGGAGGAGGCAUUGAAGAUGAAUCCAAAGACUCUUGAUGAACUCUGGGAGUCCUGCAAGAACGCUUUCUUUGUCAUUCCAGAUGACUUUAUUAAUAAGUUAUUUGAGUCAUUGCAGAGAUGCAGUCCUAGUCUUUUGUCCAAGCAAGGUCAGACCUUACUGUCCUAAUUAAAUAAUAAAAAAUCAAGGCAUUAUCAUAUUUUGGUAAAAUAAGCAUAAUCUAGAGGCCUUCGCCUUUUUAUAAGUCACUUCUGAUACCAAAUGAUCAACUAGAAGUCAAGUUAUUAUUUGUUGUUCCUAAAACUUGGAUAGGUGACAAGACUUUUGUCAGGUAGUGUAUAAAUGAACAAGGGUGCGUUCACACUUGUUAUUUAGGUUCUCUUGGAAAUUUUGGUUUGGACCAAAAAUAAAUGUUUACCCCUAGGUUUGUGUAACGUUCUAGGCUAAACGCUUUGCUUUUAUGUGUGUACAUUAGGACUGCUCGAUUAUGGGAUAAAUCAUAAUUAUUUAAAAUGAUUAUCAGCGGGAGAAGGUCGCUGGUGCUAGCCCCGGCUGGGCCAGUUGGCAUUUCUGUGUGGACUUUGCAUGUUCUCCCCGUGUUUGCGUGGGUUUCCUCCGGGUGCUUCGGUUUCCCCCACAGUCCAAAGUCAUAUGCUAUAGGUGAAUUGGGUAAGCUAAAUUGUCCAUAGUGUACAUGUGUGAAUGAGCGUGUAUGGGUGUUUCCCAGUGAUGGGUUGCAGCUGGAAGGGCAUCUACUGCGUCAAACAUAUGCAGGAUGAGUGGGCGGUUCAUUCCGCUGUGGCGACCCUGGAUUAAUAAAGGGACUAAGCCGAAAAGAAACUGAAUGAAUGAAUGAAUUAUCAGUGGGCCAUAUGACCAAACAGUUUUAGAGCUAUAUUACUGCUGGAAAGGGGGUGGGAUAUGAUUCAAUAAUCGUUUUAACCUUGAUUCAUGUUUUUUUCUAAUCUAUAGAGGCAAAUUAAAAUAGAUUUUUUUUUAUGUACAGCCUCAGUGUACGUAGAGCAUAGUUUUACAACUAAAGCAUGAAUGAAGAGAUAAAACGUGUAGAGGUAAAAGUGUGAGAGAGUCAAAAAUAGUACCAGGAAUUUCUCUAACACAAGCAAAUUUAUUCUGCGAGGACGUGUUCUUUAAAGGGCAAUACAGCAACUGUUAUUGGAAAAAAACUGGUAUCCUUGAGAGCUGUCUUUUUUAGGGUCACAUCUUUUGACCUCAUAUCCUGCUCUUGGUUUGUCUAGAUGUUUUGAUCAGUCAGACUGCACCAGAAUUAGUUUGGAAACGGACCAAGGUGUACACCAACGUUUGGAUGGAUUCACACCAGAUCUGGUGAUUUUAAUUGAACACACAAGUGUGAACACACCAGUAGUGAAUGUUUCAUGCCAGUUUGUGGCAGGACGAUUUGUCUGACCAUUAUUCAGGAAGACAUUACUAUAAUUUUUGUUGCUUAUAAGUAACAUUGUCACUUCUCUUUCAAUGUCCAUUGCUGAUAUCUAGAAACAUCUCUGUUCAUUGGCCAAAUGUUGGACUUUGUAUCAGUCUACCACUAGAAAAAACACAAAAAAAUUAGCCCAGAAUGUUAAAAUAUGUACACAUUGCACACCUCAGGAAGACAAGUAUUAGAAUUUUUUUAUUUAUAGCUGUGUGUUUCGGUCUUAGAGUGUCUGAGGAGGAAACAAAAUCAUGUCAAGAAGAGAGAUCUUGUCAUAGUCACUCAAAGUGGAGUUUGAGAGACAAGCGGGGGAGUUUUUGCGGUAGAGCAGUUCGUUUUGAGGGCAAUAAUUUAAAAAGUCUCGUUUUAUGAGGGGAACAUUUCUGCUCUGAUUCAAUCAACUUUCACACCCAGACAACCGUUCAUCAUUUCAUUCUUUUCAUCAGUCUAUUUUCUCAUGAGCAUUUGAGUUCCUGCAAACCAAAGCUUGCUUUUUUCUCUCUUUUUUUUUUUGACACUUUUUUUUUUUUCUGCCAAGCAGUUCUCAGAGGAUUUCAGCACCUGCUCAUGGGUCGUGCUGGAGAUAUUCAGUGACUUUCACAACCAAAGCUGUAGAGUUCGAGAUUCACUGCUUUAAAAAGCCAAAUCACUGCUAGAUCGUUUGAAGAAGAGCGUGAGGAGAAGGUUUGAAUGAAUCUGCGAAGAAGGUAAAGGUAUGUUGAGACAGGGAAGUUGGUGAUGUAUAAGGGAUGGAAGAAAAAAUAAUGAACUUAGCAGAGGAGAUAAUGGGGUGGAAGAUGAAAUUAGGAGAAAAGUAUAUGAAAAGUAUGAACAAAAGUCUCCAGUGAAGUCUUCUAGAAAGUAUCGGUUUGUUUUCAGUAAGUUUGGUGAGAUGAGAGAUGACAGUACUAGGCGGUUUAUAGAUGUGCUGUGAGCUAGCUGGACGUUGCAUAAAAGCUUUUAAUUGUUUUGAACCAAUGUACCAAUUACUAUUUUGUUAGGAGUUAAUUAGUUUGAAUUGUUUUGUAUCUUACUGUUUACUUGUUAUCCUUGAAAUGUUUGUUUUUUUGUAUUAUCUGCUAUUAUUAUUAUUAUAUUUAUUUAUCAUAUUACUGCUGCUACUAUUUACUUUAGAUGCUGCUGUCAGUAAUUCUGUUCCCCAAAGGAUGAUUCUUCUUUUUUUCUUCCUAAACCAAAUGCAUAAAACACUGCAAUGUCUACACAUUUACCAAAUACAAGAAUGAUUACCUGUCAAGCGCAUCCAUUAAAAGGCAAAGUGAAAGCAAGCAAGGUCAUAAUUGAGAGAGUAUGUAUACCUAGAUCUAUAUUUAGCCACUAUGCCGACUCACAAACGUCACCGCUUGCUCUAGGCAACUAAUAAGAAUGAUUUCCAGUUAUUUGUACAAAGUAACAGACACCAACUGGUAAUAUCUAUAUAUAUUUGAGCUAGUUUUUCUAUUAGCUGUGGGUGAUGCAGGUAGAUAUGUUUGUAAUUGUCCUCCUGUGUCCGUCCUGCGGUGGAUGAAUUUAUCAACUAAUACAUUUCCCUUAUUAAACCCAGGCUCAUUGGAAAUAUGAGUUUUUUUAUAUUGUACUCAAGCAUCUUUGUAAAAUCUACACACAAAUGCAUUAUUAUUAUUAUUAUUAUUAUUAUUAUUAUUAUUAUUAUUAUUUAGAGGGGCAGAUUAUCAUUGAAAAACGAUUUAAUAUUUGCCUUGAUCCCUCAAAACACUAAUUAAUUUACAUAUGUAGUAGUUCAACAGUCAGAUUUUAGAAAAAAACUAUUCUAAAAAGAUCAAUUCUAUAUGCUUUUUUGAACCCAUCUGUUUGUUAGGCCAACCUAUUAAAAAAAAAACGUGUUUAAUGGCUAAAUUUGUGCAGAAAAAACUACAUUACCCAUGAUGCUCUAAAGGGCCAACUUAUUUUUAAAGAACCGUGUUUAAUACGCUUAUUUCACGUGGCCGCCAUUUUAAAGAACCAAAGCGAGGCUGCGGUGGGAAGAAGUGUCCUCCUAGGCUUCAGUUCAUGGCAGCAGGUAAACAUUGUGGGGACGCUUCCCUGCUUCAGCCUAUGUAACCCGGUGAGCGAUAAAACACUGCACUCCUCUGUAGCACACCCUCGUGUUGUCUGUAAUAGUGUUGUCCUGGUACUAAAGUUUUAAAACCGUCUAUUUCCCGCUAAGUUAACAUUGAAGCACCACUGAGCGCGGAUGACUCGACUAAUCAUCACGACUGCUUCGCGCUCUCUAGUCUCCGUGUAUCUGUGUUUACCGCUCUUCACCCAGUGCAAACACAGAUACACAUAGACUGGAGCGUGAAGAUCAGUCGAUUCAUCAAGCAGAUCUCUCGGCUCGUCUGUGUUUGUACUCUGUAAACAACGGAGGGUGAACUGAUGACCUUCUCGGCCAAUCACAAACAUUUCUGUUGAGCACGUGAACACAAUGGCAAAACAGCGCUGUUUUAAGAAAGCCAUCAACAGUGCCUUAAAUGUUAACGGGAAAUUGACUUUUUUUUUUUUCAGUAUCGGGACAAGUCUAAUAUAGUGAAAGAAUCAGUUCAUUAACUCGAGUUUGAUAAAUGGCAUCUAAAACAUGUGUUUAGAAAAGAAAACUUUAGCUAACUAGUGCCAUUUGCCUUAACUUAGCUGAAAAUUAGCUUUUAUCCCUUUUAUUAGUUUUUUAUUAGAAAAAUAUCCCUUUUUAUUUUCACCAUUCAUUCAGAUCAAACCUUCGGGUCACUCGGAAGGCGGUGAAAUUAUAAAUUUGUGUCGCUUUAUCUUCGCUGAUAAGAUAUACAAGGUACACAACGUUCCUAUGUAACUCCCAACGAAACUUCCGGGUUUCUUCGAUUUCACUUUUAAAAAUGGUGGUCGCGUAAAAUCAGUUUAUAGCUAAAUUUGUGCAGAACAAAACUACAUUACCCAUGAUGCUGUAUAGAAAAUACUACCAAGUGAGCAAAGUGCGCCAUAAGAUAUCUUUAGCUCCGCCCACUCUGAAAGUCAGUCUCUUGAAUACUAAAAUUUGUGUAUAUACUCAGCAUAUAUUCUAGCAAUAUAACGAUAACAUUUUGUAACGGUUUUGUAUCUACAGGCACAUUAUUUAUGGCACUGUCCUGUCUAAUGCUGGGUUCCUACCAAACACAGAGUUUUGGCUAUGUCCGAAAUCGCCUACUACUCAGUAGGUAUUGCACUUGAAUUUAGAUGUACUACUUGGCCAUUAGAAAAGUACGUUCUAUACAGUAUGAAUGUUAAUAGUAUGAAUGAAACUCGGACGUACUAAUCCGCCAUUUUGUCAUGAGCACGUGACUAAUCCAUGUCAGUUGCGUCACUUCACUUCCGUUCAUGAAUUCUCUUACGGUGCAUCAUGGGAUAGUGUAGCAUCCAUCCAAUGCGCACUUCAGAAUCUGGCCAGAAGUAGAAGGUCAUCCGGGUACUUCUCACACACUGUUUUUUGAAUUCUAUGAAUACGAACAUACUACUUGGCUUGCAUACUGUUUUUAGCGUACUAUAUAAUAUGGAAGUGUGCAAUUUCGGACGCAGCUUAAGUGUUUGUGGGAGUAGAUUACAUAUUUCAGCACAAGUCUAUUCUUGGUUUAAUUUUGGCUAAUUUAUUUUUAAUGUAUUUGAUUGCCAUAAAGGUUUCAGAAAUUUUAAUCUGGUGCUAUAAAAGCAAUAUGCUGCAGCUGACGCUAUUGCUGUGCUGUUAAUCUAAUGUAAACACACCAAUCUUAUCAAAAUAAAUCGAAAGGCUAUUGGCUUUUUAUUUGCAUGUUGUUGUAUUUUAAUGUAACUAUUAAUAACUAUUUUUAUCCACUGUGGGUUAUAAAUUAAAAUAUGGAAAUUCUAAUAGUUUAAUACAAUUUAUUUGACUUAGAAAUCACCAAGCAACCCCCUAUCGUUGUCCCGCGACCCCCACUUUGAGAACCACUGGUAUACGUGAUGUGUUUGUAAAGUAUGGAUCUACCGCUCAAGUUCAAAUAACUGAACUCAACCAAUAAAUUCAUGUGAGGGAAAAAACAUCCCAUGAGUAAACCAGGGCUAGUGACAUUGUGCUCAGCGUCUGUGAACUUGGCAUAAUAAACAUGCAUCUGCAAUAGAACAAAAAAUGUUAUAGAGCCAGAAAUGUUGGCAGUCACAUAUUUCCAGUGAGCCCGGGUUGCAGAUAUAUGACUAUUCAAAUAUUAAUUUGACUAAAAAGUUUAGUUUUUAGUCCCAAUUUUAUCAGUUUUCAGAUUGGAGCUAACCUUGAUUUUCAGUUCGGAAGUUCAUUAGAUUUUCUAUCAAAUGGUAUAAACGAAUUAAUAAAAAACACAGCAAGUGUGAAUAAAACACUAUAUUUAACUAUGAGCUGUUACUAUUUGACUCCCCAAAUUUCCUGUGCUCCUUUCAUACGGCAAAUAAUAAUCGAUCACCAGAUUCCUGCCAUCAACCCAACCCUGAUUUCCUGUUUGGUGUUGAUGCUGAUCUCCACGGGUGAUACUGUGGUACACCUGCCUGUCUGUCUUUCUGUCAUUCUCUCAGAAGCCCUUAUAUAAGCGACCGCAGCAUUACACACCAAAGGUGUCAUCAAUAAAAACAAAUGGAAACCAGUGACGUUGUUGUCAUUAGGAUGAUUUUUGUUCUACUAGAUGAUGCUGGAUUGUUAUUCUGAGGAUACACGCAGCUUCAUGUAUGUAAUUUUCCUGUGAGACGAUGAUGGGUGAAGUACUGGAAACAGAUUUGGUGUUAUUUCCAGUCCAUCACCCAUCACUUUCUGGGUUGAUUUUGCUCACACACACACACCUCUCUAUUGAAUUAUCCAAGAUGCUAAUCUAAAUGGUUUAUGCUUGGUUUUAAGUGUACUUCCAUUCACUGUUUUCUGGCACUAUUUUAUUUUGUAAUUGCUUUCGAAAUCAAAGCAUCAGUUUUUUUUAAAUGUGUGUGUGUUUUAUUUUCUGUGAACUAAACUCAUUUCUGGCGGCAAUAGUCGUACACGUCCUGAACCCCAAAUUCACCAGUGUUUGCUGCUGUUUCAUUAGCAUUAUCGUUUUUACUGUAUGCAUGUGUGUAUGUGUGUGUGGCAGCAUCACUGUUUUUUUUUUUUUUUUUUGUAGGAGUGUGUACUUUGCCGUCAUCCUUAUUGUCUUUUUAGAUAUGUUGUUGUUAUUUUGUUAAGUUAUCAUGAUGCCCCAUCUGUAAUUAAACCAAAUACUCACUAUGCAGUCACUCAGAUCAAAACAGUUAGCAUUUUCAACCUAAAUUUCCUCUCUCUAUACACACACACACACACACACACACACACAGAAGCAACUACUGGAGUCUUUAAAUCUGGAGCGAGUGAAUAUAAUGCCCUCAGAAUUUAUGAUCAACAGAAAGAGUGUUUUCUUUAGUUUCUCUUCUACAAGCUGACAUAUUUAAGGAUUGUAUUGGGAUGGG